AUGCCCCAGACCAAGCGCAAGCCUCUUUGCGUCGACCUGUACGGCCAGCUGCGGGCGCUAGGCGAGCUGCCGACCGCGGUGCACACCGACGCGCGGACGCUCGUCACAGCGCUCGCACGCGAGGCCUCUGGCCGCGGCCGGCCCAUCACGCUGUCUGAGGAUCGCUUAGACGCGGUGGACGCAGCGUUGCGCGCCGCCGGCGCUUUCGAUGGCGUCGGAGCGCUCCGCACAGCGGUGGCGGGCUGGCGGCGGCAGACCCGCAUGAAGGCCGACGCUGACGGCAUCAAUGCUUAUUAUGAUGCGGAGCGCUCGGACGCCUACACGGCGCGUCUUGCAGGGCCGCAGGCCGCGCUGGCAGGCCGCUGCCUCGAGCUGGCCGGCCUACCGGACGGCGGCCGCGGCUCGCUACUGCUCGACGUGGGGUGCGGCUCGUGCCUCUCCUCCGCGCCCCUCGCGGCUGCGGGCUCUGUGCCGGUCGGGCUCGACCUGGCGCGCGAGAUGCUGCUGGUCGCGCGGCGGAGCGGCGCCGAGGUCGUGCACGCCGACAUGUCGCGGCCCCUCCCGUUCCGAAGCGGCGUCUUCGACGGCGCCGUCUCGGUCUCCGCCGCGCAGUUCCUGUGCGAGGAUGCCGCGGGCGAGGCUGCGCCGGAGCGAGCCCGGCGCUGCCUCUCUGAGACGAGGCGCGUGGUGGGCGGCCGCGGCGGCGCCGCGGUGUUCCAGUUCCACCCGCCUCCCGAGGCAGCCCAGGCGGCCGCGUCGCUGCUCCUCGCCGCCGCUCGCCACGCGGGCCUCGCCGCAGCCCUCGCCGUCGACCAGACACACCACACUGCAGCGGUCCGGUGGUACUUGUACGCGGCCGAGCCGCCCGCCGCCGCGCCGCACGCCGCCGCGCCGCCGCCGCCGGGCGGGUGCUACGCGUGCGCGCCGGGCGCGGGCUCGGAGGGAGGCGCUUGCUGCGUGCUCAGGCUCGCGCGGUGGGCAGAGAGGCACGGGCUGCCUGCGCCGCAGCCGGCGGAGGAGCACGUCGCUUUCUUGGAGCGGGAGCACGCGCGGUACGCGCACAAGCUGCUCCGCGCGUGGAGGCGGUUGAGCGACGCGAGCCGUGGGCGGGCGGCGAGCCCAACAGCGGCCCAACAGCAGCCCGGCGCGCUCGCCGCGCUGCCGCCGCUCAGCGCGGAUGAGCGGGAGUGUGCCGAGCGGCUGUGGCGCGUCGUGGGCGGCGCGCUGCCUCGGGCGGAGGACCUCAAGGCGCCGCCGCUCUUGGAGCGUGUCAUCGAUGCGCUGCACGGCACUGCCGCGAGCGAACCCCCAGCCUCGCUCGCCCGGCACUCGGACCUGAACGGCAGGAUGAUGUGGUUCGCCGAGCUGUUUGUCUACUGGGAGCUCCGCAGUCAUCCGCAGCGCACGCACGACCCGUCAGCCGCGUCGCUCUUCGUGGUCCCGGCGCUGCCGCACGUUGACCCGGGCUCAGUGGACCGUGUGGCGGCGGCGCUCGCGCUUGAGCCCGCCUGGUUGCGGCGUCGUGGCGCCGACCACCUGGUCGCGUGCACGCACUGGCAGUGCGCGGGACUGCUCGGCAAGCUCUUCUGGAUGGUGGCACUGCGUGGUCUCACCGUCAGCCUCGAGCGCAACGUCAAGUGGCUCGACCCACGCGUGCCGCACUGGAUACACAACCAGACGGAGAGGGCGCCCUUCGACCCGGCCGUCGACCGAGGCCUCUGCCUGGACCGCGUCAUCGUGGUGCCGUACCCGCCACACGCGGGCCUAAUGCGGCCGUGCGGCAGCGCGCCUGCCUACAGGCCGUGGCACCAGCGCAGAGUCAACGUCUCCUUUUUCGGAACCAUCCGGCAGCGCGAGGGGCUCAACGACUCCUCCGGCGGGGUCCGCGCCGCCCUCGGCAGGCUGGCACGCGCACCGCGCGCUGUCACCGGUGGAGAGGAGCUUGAGCGCCGCGGUGUUCACGUGCGCCUCUCGUCAGUGCGCGAGUUCGACCAGUCGCGGCGCUGCGGGCCCGAGCUCGCGAAGCGGUGCCGCCGGGUGGAAGUGCGCCGGUAUGCCCACGAGAUGCGGGACUCGAUCUUCUGCCUCCACUUGAGGGGCGACACCUCGACCUCUCGUCGUCUGUACGACUCAGUCGCCGCUGGCUGCAUCCCGAUCAUAGUCAGCGACCUGCUUGGCCCGAACUUGCCCUUCGUCUUUGCCGCGGAAGAGCCGCCGAUGCGGCCGCCCCGCGUGUCGUACGAGCUGUGGUCGAUCCGCAUCCGCGAGUCCGACUUCGUGGCGGACCCGCUUGCGGCGAUCGACGCCGUCCUCUCGCGAUUCUUGCGCCCGCGUGCGGACGACGUGCCGCUCGUCGCCAAGAUGCAAGCGGCGAUGCGGCGCGACGCCUCGAAGGUUGUCUUUUGCCACGGAUCGCAUGGCACGCACGGGGACGCCGGGUGGCACGGGCGGAGGCUAGCGGACCUGCUCUUGGGCGAGGCGUUCGCUCGGCUGCGCGACACUUGCGGAAGCAGCCAGUGCUCAGGGAGGCUCGGCAGCGCCGCGUAUGGCGACGAGCGGAUCCGCAACGCUGAGCACCGAUUCGAGUACGGCGACUGCCUUGGCCAGCCAACUGUCGCGUCCCGCUGGGCAGGGCUUGGCCCAAGGACAGGCGGCGGGGGGAUGCGUCGUAUGAGCGUAAGCGAGCACUCACUGGACAAGGUGCUUUCCAUACUGUAG